UUAUUGUUGAUAAAACGCAAUGAUAUCUCACAAGAAACAAUUUUUUUGUGUGAAAAAUAGUUUAAGGUUAGUUUGAAAGAUUUCAAAACAAUUGUGCGUAAUAUCUUGUGUUGUGCUGAAUCUGCAUUCCGUCCGAUACUUGCUUGUGGUGUUGUGUGUGUUUGUGUCGAGUGUCGACGGAACUGUCGCACAGACUCAUGGUCUUGCAAUGGAUAAUGCUAUUGACCCUAUUUAUAAAUAAUACUUCUAUUUUUAUUAAAAAUCUAAUUUACAAAAACAGGAUGAUUAUAAAGUGAGAAUUAAAACUGGGCUCUCAAUUUUAAACAAUUAACCUAUAUUUAUAACGUCUGUUAAAACUCUCCUUUGUUGGUUAUGUUUCUAGUAAAGUCUGUAUACUUGGCUCCCAUAGAAAUGACGAGCUGCGUGAGCUCUAAACAGACGCCAUUUUCUAACCUUUUAGGCGGGGAAGUGAUCAAGUUAUUAUAAAGAAAACAUUUUAUUUAGUGUGUUGGAUUUGUAGCUGUUAAAUGAUUUGUUAUCACAUACAACUUAUAUCAGGUUUUAAACACUUCAAGAUUCGAAUCCUGUCAAAAUGUGAAUGAAAAAUUGGCUUACUGUAUGACAUGAACCACAAGGCCAUAGCUAGUAUGGGUGAUGAAGACAAAGCAGAGCCAAAGGUACGGCUGUCACAGCGGCGAAACAAAAUAAUAAUCACCAAAUGUAAGAAAACUUCACCACAGGCCAUAUCAAAACCCACAGAAGAUUCCAAGAAAGUAAAUGGAGAAUUGAUUAAUGAAAACAAAAGUAAAGAUCUGGUAAGUAUUGAACCAGUUGAAGAUAAAACUCCAGAAGAGUUGGAUUCAAUCCCAACGUCCAGACCUGCAAAAAGAAAACAUACAGAAACUUUAGAGGAAGAUAUCAUCAUAAUAGAAAAUGACACUGUAAGAAAUGAAGAAGGAAUAGAUGAUGGAAGUGAUGGAAAAGAUGAAACAUCAUCAGUUGAGUUUAAGGGAUUUAAGAAAAGAAUACUAGCUCAAACAGAGAAAUUGAAAGAUGACAAUACUAAUCAGGAUAAAAUUGACUCUAUCUCUGGUCCUGCACCAGGAGCUGCAAAACCUAACCUCAGGCCACGAAUAUCAAAAAUAAAUAAGGUAAAAAAGAAGACAACAGCAAAUGGCAAGAAAGGAAGUGACGGAGACAGCGAUGAAAAUCAAGCAGAGUCUCAGGCUGAGUAUGCUCAGUAUCUUGGCCUGCAACCAACUAUGCAGUUCAAGUGUUACCGUUGUGGUGAGAAAGGUUUUCCAUCGAUGUUGGCUUUGAAUAUGCAUCAACGAGGAUGUGGAGAAGCUCAGAAGUCCAGCUUCAUUACAAAUCUUCAGUCUGAUACAAUGCCUCCCUCUGAUCCUAAUAUGUUAACAAAUUUUAGAAUAACAAGAAAAGUUUAUCUAUGUUCUGCUUGUGGUACGUAUUACGAAAAUUGGAAUCUAUUUUUACACAUGCGAGAUGUACAUAAAAAACACAUUUGUUUGUUUUGCCUUACGAUGUUUGCAACUGCAGACAAACUUGCUGACCAUUUGAAAACUUCACAUAAAAUACAAGAGAGUACCUUUAAGUCAAGUGAAGAAUUUCAAAAUUCCUACAAAGGUUCAUGCUAUUUAAUUUGUUGUACGUGUGAAAAUAUGUUCAAUGAAAGAGAAGAUUAUUUUCACCAUCACUGCAUAGUAAAUGACCCAACAGCUAAAUGCACCCUUUGUGGAGUGAAAUGUGGCCACUACUACACUUGUCCAAAGAGUAAUACACCUAGGGCUCUAACUCAAAGCUUAGGUGUUGGUAGCCAUCCAACGUCUAUCAGUAAGGCACAGUCUGCAACUCUUACCAAAUACAACUUGGCAGUCUCUAAAAACAGUAAACCUGAACAACUAUGGAUGGGUAAGAAAACCAAGGCCCUUCAGUCAUCAGAUAAUGAUGAAUGGAUGGGUAAGAAAACCAAGGCCCUUCAGUCAUCAGAUAAUGAUGAAGACUAUGAUAUAAGUCAUGCUGCCAGCUUUUGUCAUGUGGAUAUUGCUGAUGGUUCUGGGGAACGUGAUAAAAGUGGAACAGAAGAAAGUCCUAUUGUUAUAGGAGAUGACAGCCCAAUACCGAAUACUAAUUUAGCUAUUGAAGAAGAAAGAGAGCCUUCUGAGACGUUACAACAGAAUCAAGAAGAAAAUAAUUCAACCGAGAAGGACAUUCAGCCUGCUGAAACUAAUGCAGAAACAACUGAACCUACUGUUGAGCAAGAAAAUCAGCAAGUAACUCCAAAGAAUAGUGAAGAAAAUGGAGAAGAAGAUUGUUCAUCUGAAACAGAAGACACUAGUAAUAAACCUAUAGAAGAGGAACAACCAAUACAAGAUAGUAAUGUUGACAGUGAUAAGCCUAAUGAUGAAAUAGUGGAAAGAAAUUUAUCAGAGGAGUUAAUAUCAAAAGAAUUGAGUGAUGAUGGUAAAGAAAUGGAUCACAAUGAUAUAGAUGCAUCUUCAAAAGAGCAAGAACAGCCUGGUGAUAGUGAACUUAAAGAAGAUUCUAUUACCACUACAAUGGAUGUUGAUGAAACUUCCAAUGUUAAUGCUGACGUGUCACCGCCUCAAAAUAAUAAGGAUGCCUCCAUGUCAUCUGACUCAGAUGAUGAACCUGAAACUCAUUUAAGUGUUAAUCAAGAAGAUUCUGAUUCAUCUUCAGAUGAAAGUCAUGAUGAUGAUGAAGAAGAUGAUAAAAAGAAGACAGACAGCAAUCUGUCAGUUGAUCUUGAUAAAGACAACUCAUCUUCGGAUAGUGAUGAUAGUGAUAAGUCUAUUUUGGAGGUGGAUGAAAAAUCCAAGGAGCUCUCAAAAGUCAACUCGGAAGACAAUAAAAACGACCCUGAUGAAGCUGUUUCAGAAGAAACAGAGAAUUUCCCAGAAGAAACAGAAGAGAAAAAUACAGUUUCUGAUGAAGGCUCAAAAGACUUUCAUAUUGAUACUGAUCCUCUAACAGACAAACAUAUAGAAAAUGAUAAUGAUGAUAAUGAAACAUUAAAUGAUGUAUUAGAAGAACCUCAUGUCCCGCCUCCAGAAGAAGUCAAUGAUGGGAUACCUCUUGCUGGGGAAGAUGUACCUGCUAUGGCUCUCACUUUAGAAGAUAAACUUGAAAAUACUAGUUCACAAUCUGUUGUCAAAGAAUGUGUUCGUACUUCUUGUUUAAACUGUGUGUAUUGUAGUCACGCAAUAAAAAUUGCUGUCAAUGGAAAACAGUUGGCAUUACAUCUUCUUGCUGAACAUAGGUACAAACCUAUAAAAAAUAAUGAAACUAGUCAAGACGUAAUAAAAAAACUUAAGAAUUCCCUGAAUGAAUUGGAGUCUGUAUUUUUCAACACUGACUCAUAUGAUAGUUCAGACAAAAGUCUAAAUACUACUUAUGAUUACACUUAUGAAUGUUUUCAGUGUAGGUUUGUAACUAAAAUUCACAAAGAACUGUAUGUUCACAAAAGGAAAAUGCAUCAAAAAACAGUCUUACUUUGCGUUAUGUGUAAAGCUAAUUUCUAUAGCUAUAGUGAAUUGCUAUGUCAUAUGUGCCCUGGAAUUUAUGCAUUUGAUGAUAUAAAUUUCAGGUGUUGUUUUUGUAAUCUGGAUAUGAUUCCAUCAGCAUUUCGAUUGAUGGUUCAUUUGAGAAAAAGUCAUCAUACUUGUGAUAUAUGUCUGGAAGUAGCAGGAGAUCAACAAAAACUCUCAACACACAUGUGGAAGCACAAAUUAAAUCAUCUCUGUUACAGAUGUGGAAUUGCUUAUCGUAAUAAGCCUGAUAUAACGAAGCAUUUGUUUUGGAAACACGGCACAGAAAGUGUAUUAUGUAAAAAGUGUUUACAGAAGAAAUGGCCUCAUGUGUAUCAUUUUUGCAUCCCUCCCACAGUGUUUAUUUGUGAAGAAUGUAAUGCCAGUUUUACAAAAGCAGUUGCUUUAAAAGUGCAUAAGAGGUUUCACGGUGGAGAGUUCCCAUAUUGUUGUAGCAAUUGUGAUAAAAGAUUUGUUUCAAAAAAGUUACUUUCUAAACACGAAGACGUACAUAAUCAACUGUCUUUAGAGGAAAAAUCCUUUGUAAAUAAGGAUGAGUCAGAGAGCAAACAUAAUGAAUCUGUAGAUGAACAUAUCAAUGUUGAUUCUGUUGAUGAACCUGGAGGAAUUGCUGCAAAAGACAGCAGUGCACUAGAAAUGUCAAAGGAUAGUGAAAGUAAGUCGGAUGUUGCUCCUGAGGCUAAAACAAAGAGAAAGAAGAAAAGAGAUAGAGAUCGAAAGGAUAAGCCCAUUCUUGAUGUUUAUGAUCUUCCUCCCUUAAAUCUGUCAUCUGAGAGUGAUUCUUCUGAUGAAGAAAUAAAGCCAGCAAGUUCAGAACAGGCAGAGGAAAAAAUGUUUACUGAACCGACGGUGGGUGAAGAACAGAUUGGUGUAAAUGAUGAGAAAAUUGGACCUAGUGCUCCAGAUAAUCCUGAAGAAUCUCCAGAAGAAAGCCUACCCCCUGUACCUAUCGUUGAUGGAGUAUGGGAUAACUUUCAGUCAUACAAAGCUGAACUUGAAAAGAGAGAAUGUAAGGAUCUAUCUCUACCCAAUAUAUUACCCUCCACUUCAACAGCUGAGCCUAAAACUUCACCUGAUAUAUUACGCUCUACUUCAACAACAGAACCUAAAACUCCACCUAAUAUAUUACCCUCUACUUCAACAACAGAACCUAAAACUCCACCUGAGCCAAUUGAGGAAGAUUUGUCUAAUUGGGCUCUAAUAGAUCACAGUUAUUGUCUAAUUCCUGGUAAAUCUAAGCAGGAUGAGAAUGAAGAAACAGAACCUCCUGUUUCUGAAACAGCACCGGUUGAAGACACACUUGAAGCUUUACCAGAGGAGACUCCAGCACCUCGAGGCCAUAGUUCCAGCAUAGAUCAUGCCUAUGCAACCUUAAAUAGCACUGUUACUGAGAGUACAACAGCAGCCACAGUUCCCAUCGAACAACCUCUCAUAACAGAACCUCCUGCCACUCCUCCUGCAACGCCUCCUCCAACAGUUGAACCUCCAACAGAGUCACUUUCAAGUAACAAAAAGAAACAGAAGUCACCCAAGAAGAAAAAACAUGUUACAAAUAGUUCAUCAUCAAGUGAUUCUAGCAGUGAUUCAGAUUCUUCCAAUUGCAGUUGCAGAUCAAACUGUAGUUGUUCAAGCUCUAGUUCCAAUAGUUCCAGUUCAUCUAGUUCCGAUUCUGACAGUUCAACAUCGGAAGGCAGACGAAGACUUGCAGCUAGAAAAGAGAAGAAGAAAGAAAGGUUAAAACAUAAACAUCAUAAAGAAGAGCUGACUCCUACUCCUGAGGAACCUCCACCACCUCCUCCAGAUGAAGAUCCUGUUGUCGAUGCUCCUGCAGAAGCAGUUGAAUUACCAAUAAGAGAAUCAGAUUUAGACACAGAUGAGUCAUCUACUGAUGAAGAUUUCUAUGACAAGUAUCCGCAGAGCCAGGCCAAACAGCAGAUGGAGAAGAGAAACUUGAUGUUGUUGGCUAGUGUUGCACCUGUGAAUAAUGGAACGGUUUCUCCACCACCUCCAACACUGCCCCCACCACCACCUCCACCAACACCACCACCACCAGCAGCUCCUACUGUUGAGGAAACAUCUCCUCCGCCACCUGUUAUUAGAAGAAAGGUUAAAAAUAAGAGAAGACGAAGAUCCCAACAAAGUAAAAAGUCUACAAGUAAAACCGGGUCACCACAUCAGCAGAUUAAACCUUCUACGUCAAUGAAUAUACCGAGUGCAACGUCUACUCCAGUUUCCUUGGUGUCAACAAACCAUCAUAAUCUGAUAACAAAAGUCGCUUCACCCCUCCGUACACCCAUCGCUACUUUGCAGUCGGAUGCAACAGCAGGCAGUGGUUCUGAGAAUGAAAGUGCACGAUUCUCAAAGAGAAAACGUGUGCGCAACAAAUUCUACGGUUACUCGAGUGAAGAAGAAGAACAAGAGAAGCCAAGUUUGAAAUGGAGAAAAGUAGAGCCAGCCCCGUCGCCUCAACUUCCACCCUCCGGACUGAACUUCCAGCCAACCCUGUCGAUACAGAGGCCACAAGUUGCACCGUUACAGAUAAAAAGACCAAAACAGAGUGAAUCCAGUGAAAGUGACGAGGAAGAGGAGGAAGAAGACAGGAGAGCACCUGUGAAAAAAGCAGAUUCGAGCAACAGCAGUAGCAGCAGUAGUAGUAGUGAAAGUGAGAACGAAGCGGACUCCAAAGAAAAUGUUCAAAAGGAGCAGACUGAAAAAAGUGACAAUUUAUACUGUUAUUGCCAGUGCCCUUAUGAUGAAGUGUCGGAGAUGAUCGCGUGUGAUGGCCAGGAUUGUACGAUAGAGUGGUUUCACUUUGAGUGUGUUGGUAUCAUGGUACCACCGAAAGGUAAAUGGUACUGUCCCGAUUGUAGAAAAAGGAGAGACUUGAUGUAAAUAAUUUUUGUUUGUGUACUGAAAUCAAGGUAGGCCUCCAUUUUUUUUGUGCCAGGAUUGUUUUAAGAAAUAUCUCGUGUUACACAUAAUAAUUGACAUUUUUCAGAUUGAUGUAGUUACUAUAUUUAAUUUGUAAUGGAUCAUUUAUUACAAUGUAAGGAAUUUAUUUUUG